AUGGCACCGGCUUGUGUACUUCUUUUGCCAUUCACAUUGCGUCGCGUCUCGAGAACAGUGAUCACCCCUACACUAUUUCAAUUCGCUGAGCUCAACGGAAUACAUCGUGCAUGUUUUAGUAGAGACGGCACCAUUAUCGACUCCUCUGCUAGGAAAAUUCUCGAAGUAAAGGAUGAAAAGCCCAUCUCCGGCUACAAGGGGCACUGGAAUCUUGACAAAUCCUCCAAUAAUCUCACACUAUUGUUUAAGGCCUCUAAAAGUUCUAAAUUCACAGCUUUCCAGCCCUUACAGAGCUAUGUCAAAGCAAUGCAUAACUGUAUACUUCAGCUCUGCGAUCAGGAAUCCUUUCUUUGUCUCUUCAGAAUUAAAGUAGGUAUCCAACUCCGCUUCAACGGAAUGAUCACAUGGAAGCCAUGCCAACGUCGUAUCUCAUGGAGCGGGCUUCUACCAAGCAAGACAUCAAAUAAAAUGCAAAUGUCAUGCCACGCAGCAUGUACGCCCACCAAGCCCACAUCACGUGGCAUUCCAACAUCAAGCAUAUAA